AUGUCGGAACAAGAGGCACAGUCAAGAGCGCCGUCGGGAGAACAUACCACGAUACCGCAGCCUAGAGGCCGGCUGAGAACCAGAGCCACUGCCCGGAAGAGGGUGAUUUACCCAAUUCAAGUUCAUCUAAGAAACACAGUACUUUGCGAUUUGUGUGGAGCGACGGGACACUUAACUAUACACGGUUGGAGGACAAUGCCUGUAACACCCCCGAACCACGUCCGUCACUCGGCCGGACAAACCACGGACUGGCCCGGAAGGAUCGUCACUCUGAGGAGAACUGCCCGCGAUCGAGCCGAAGUUCCACCAACGAUUAGGUUCCCUAGCCGGGCCACUGGCAGCCGCCUAUCCGCUACGUACAUCCCUUAUUGGUUGGAUUAUAUUGACCACUCUGCUCCUCCAAAGGAGAUACUUCGUACUUUCCUACUCAACAAUCUCAGUCUCACUCAUCCUCUGGAAGAAAACCAUGUUCUUAAAUUCUUUCUAAACAUCUUGGAGCUUCUUCCUCGCUGUUAUUCACACUUUGAAGUUGAUGAAGUGGAGAAAACCAUUUGCUUUAGAUGUAAGAUGAAUAUGGCGUAUUCUGGUCAACGUUCUUAUGGCAUCAUCGUCAAUGCUGAUUCACUCAGAGUUUACAACUCCGUAUUCGUGAUUAGAGCAUUUGAGACUACCCUUAAGAUCAUCAGGCUCAACGUAAAGAUGCUUUGCGACAAGGAAGGAUGUGGGAAACGUAACUAUGUUCAAUGGAUGAUAAACAAUCUCCCAACUGUUCUCACAAUUGCACUUCAGUGGGAGAACAAUGAGACUAGCAUCGAUAUAUACCGUACAGCUGCUGCUCUGGAAACUGAGAUAUGUAUUAGUGCCAUAUGCAGAUACGAAGGUGACAGCUUAUACACCAAAUACCGUCUUGUCUCAAUGGCUUGCUCGCAUGGAGAUCAAUACAACUGUAUAGCUUAUGAAAACAGUAGCUGGGUCAGAUAUUUUGGUUCUGAGAAAGAGGUUAUAGGAGACUGGAAGAGUGUUGUCGACAUUUUCCUAACGCACGAUAUUCGACCCGAGAUUCUGUUUUUUGAGAGCGUACUUAAGCUCCUUCGACUGCAUACAUGCUAA